AUGAGGCUUUUAUCGCUGUUAUUUAUGAUUACGACGAGUUUCGGCGUCAAUGUGAUCCUCGCUCAAAGCGAUAGCUGUACUCGAACUAACAGUCGUAGUGAUUACAAAUUGUGUGUUCGUAAAUUAUCAGAUACUUUAGGGAAUAAAUUUCUUGAAAUAGUUAAUAUCGAAGUCGGCAGUGAGUACUCUGCGCAUUUUGAAAUACGGCCUGCUAAUAAAGUGACGGCUCGUCACCAGCCAUCUGAUAGCGAUGUACUACUCAGUAUCACCGACAAACUUAGCUACAAGCUGUCUUCAGCAACGAACAUACUUUACGACAUGAACAAUGCGAUCAACGACAACAGUACUCCGUCCUUCACCCAUCCCUGUCCAUUCAACUCUAUUCGUAAGUCUGUAUUUAUCAAAAGUUCCAAUGUAUACGAUAAUCUGCCUUUACCUGACACCAAAAACAAAAUGCUGGGUCGCUUCAAAGACUUGAAAGUUAAAAGACAAUACUACUUGUCGCACAUGGAUUAUGCUACUGACAGAGAUUGUGCAACUAUGCCUCACUCAAAUUUGAGAUAUUUAUAUCACAAAGUUGUGCACCCAGACCCAAAACUAGUUGUUUUUGUCAUAGACAAUAAUAUGAAAGAGGAUUCAUUGCAGCAUGCUAUUCAUGUUGCUAAAGAGACAGUAUAUGCCUUGCAGGACACUGAUAUGCUAGCGCUGAAGUUAACUAAUAUGUCGGAAUUCCUAAAACUUGAAGAUGCUUGCAGCACAGAUGGGAUGUCUGACAUAGGGAAUGCUACUGAAAACAAUAAGCUUCUACUGAGUGAAUAUUUAGCUUCUCUUGACAUUGCACCUGAAAAUGUAUCUCCUUCUUCUAUUAAUAAUGACUUGAAAAAAUUACUUUUGCAAAAGGAGCUACCAAACAAUAAACUAUUUAUAUUUCUUACGGACACAAAGGUAUUAAAGAAUGAUGUAUGGCUCAAGAUUUACCCAUUUUCUUCAAACAAAACUGAGAAUCUAAAAUUUGCCAUAGGACUCAUCUAUGAAAAUCAAGUGGAUAAGAACAGUUCCUUAGGUAUUUUACACAUAGACAAAUGGCAUAACACUCAUGCGAAUAACCACUCAGUAAUGAGACUACAUAUAAAUGAUAGUGGUGUGGUUGGCCAAGUGGCCUCAGCCUUUAUUUCCUUGCUACCAGGACACUAUGAUAGUAGAGAAAUCAAAAUCGAAGGUCCUGUUUGGGAGGCUACUGAAAGAGACUUUAUGAUCUCAUUAGUACUACCCACUUCAAACGGAGUUUUAGGAUUAGAUCUAUACUGGUCUGAUCUGGCUGAAGAUAUUGUUUAUUUCAAAGGAGCAAAUGAAAAAAAAAGAGCCUUUGUGAUGGAUUUUUCAGGUAUAGUUUUAAUGCAUUCUUUUUUUCCUAGGCCAGAAUCGGCUUCCGAGAAGAUUAAGUUUACAAAACUAGAGAAUGUAGAGACAUAUUCUUUUAUAAGUACAGUUAAAUCUGAAAUGUUAGCAAAUAGUUCUGGAAACAUGACUAUGUCUGAAAAUAACUCUACAAAGUCUAUUAUAUAUUCUUGGAAAUGGAUUGAGAACUUGUACAUUGCUUGUAUUGUAUCGGAAGUAAGAGAGCCAGUUGUUUUCAAUAAAACUGCCAAAUUAUUCAUUAGGAAUAACAGAGAAAUAUUGUUUCAUAGAUUAGAUUUAUUUCCUCCCAAAACAGGCAAAAUGUGCAGACAUUUCAAACAAAUAGCUACCAUUGACCAUGGCACUGUAUAUUUGAGUCCAUCUAGCUUUCAAUCUCCAUUUACUUAUUUAUAUGACAUGGGUGAUGGCCAAGAAGCUGUUACAUAUAUGCAGAAUUAUUUAGCAUAUUUAAAAAGUGUUGCUCAUGGUUUGCUAUCUAAUCCUGGUUUAAAGAAUGAAAUUCAACAAGAUGUAGGCUUUCUAAACUCAAUUCUAACUUUUUAUAAGCGACAACAUUUACAUGGGCCUUACUCUAAAUACAUAGUCAGAAGAUAUGCAGUUACUGAGAGUGGAGUGCUAGUUAUGUUUCCUGGAACAGUAUUAGAGUAUGACUAUGAGCCUGUCAGGAGACCAUGGUAUACAUAUGCUAUAGAAAACCCAGGCAAAAUAAUCCUAACACCUCCAAAUUUGGAUGUUGGUGGAGCUGGCUAUGUUAUCUCAAUAUCUUAUGCUGUACAGACAACCUACUUACCAACAAUUGUUGUUUCGAUGGAUGUUACUAUGGGAUUUCUUUACAAGUUACUAACAGAUAGUUUACCUCUCUGUGCCAUGCCUUAUCUUAAAUGCUUUAUCAUGAACAAUAGAGGAUAUCUAGUAUCACAUCCCGGUUUGAUGGAUCCGAAUAGCUCUGGUCCUAUUGAACAACAGCAUAUAACUCAUAAAGAGUCCAUGAUUGCUAUAGAUAUGUUAAAUCACAAGGGUUUUGUUACCAAAAGACUGUGUAAUAAUUUUUUCGACAAAACUAUACAGCGGUUUUACGAAUUUAAUACUUCAUUGCCCAAUGUGCUCUCUAAUGUAGUGUCAGGCGAUCAUUGUGUUCAUUAUUAUAUAGCUGCAAUACCGGGAACUAAUGCCUUUAUAGGAUUGGUGAAUGCGUCUUGCAGUGUUGGCGCGUUUUGCCCUUGCAGUAUGUUCGACCGUUUGUGUCUAAACUGCAAUCGCAUGGAGCAAACUGAAUGUGAGUGUCCAUGUGAAUGUAGUUCUGAGCUGUAUGAAUGUCCGAAUGCAAACAUAUCACGGUUUAACAAAGAUAUACCUCUCUGUGGCAUGAUGCUCGAAAACAAUAACCACAAGUCACAUUACUUUCAUAAUUUUGCUGAGAAUUUAAAGUCUUGUUUUGAUUUUCAAUGCGAAACUUAUACAACGCAUUCUUCAUGUUUAGGUGUUUUAGGUUGUGAAUGGUGCCAAAUAGAUACGGAUGGUAGGACUCCUCUGUCCGCUCCCUUCUGUACUUCGCAGUCUACUUGUUUUAAUGGCGUAUUAGGCGCCGUUACUCCUUACGGAGAAGGCACUUUCGGACAUGUGAAUAGAGACGCUUUUGGUAGCUAUUCUGCGAUAGGUCCCGUCGCAGGUUGUAUAGUAACAGUGAGUUUAGUUAUAGCUGUGGCGAUGUACUGCUAUAGACAAAAUGUUACUACGGCCAGUUGCCAUAACUUGUACGUCGACGGUCCAGCGGAAACAUGGCAUGAUGCUGACGUGCAGAUGAGUCAUUUGCAAUCAGAUGAUAAUCAUGAUCUGUCUGGUCAAGAUAAAUUAUUACCAGCCAUGGAGAUCGAGGCUCCAAUUUCGCCAUACAGGGUUGUUACAGGGUAUAGAAGACCGCACACCGCGGGCGGGUCAGAUCAUGGUUACUCCACUAUGACUCCUCACGAGGACUCUGAAGCCACUGGGUUUUCAGUUAACGAGCCUAUUGUGUUGUCAGAUGACACAAAGUCUGAUGUUAGUUGUCCCCUACCAGCUAAGAUAAAGCCUAGGUUAAAAACAACUGAUUUAAAUAUAACUGUUCUGCCUUGUGGCAAAAACAGUGUCUUAGCUCCUGUUACUGUGCACAGGCAUAUGGAAGCGUCCUAA